AUGCCGCAUACCAAGCAUCUCCAUCUCGCCCAUCUUCUCGAGGCGCAGCGUCUCGUGUAUCUCGUCUUCGGUGAUGCCAGCCUCCAGCCAGCUCUUGCCACUGCCGAGUAUCUGCCCCGAGAACGCCGUACUUCCGGUGCCGAUACGAACCUUGCCCCCGUCGGCAUCGAAACCCGCACGACGAAACAAAGCCGGCAUAAAAGGCGGUGA